AUGAAUAAAUUUCAGAUAAGUUAUGAGCCUCGUAAAGCAGCGAAAAAUAGAAAAUUUAUAAAUAUGGAAGGACAUUUAGAUGUUCCAAUAAAAGACGAAAAAAUUAUUGCUGAAUUGCAAAAAAAUUGGACAGAAAAAUAUUUUCGUACUAAAGAUGGUCGGUUACAAUGGUUUGCUUCACAUUUUGCUGAUGAUCAUCCCAUUGGUGAAAUAUUACUAUCCGGAUGUGAAACUGAUACGAAUAAAGAUGAAGGAUUAAUAUCAAUACGUGGUGGACCUGACCACGUUAAUUUUCUUAUCAGAGUACCGCCACCAACAAAUUUAUUGGAUAAAUGGAGAAGAGCUAUUAAUAGUCAUACUUCGUCUAUUCACGAUGAUACCUAUGUUAAUCCAGUUUAUCCUCCUUUUCCCCAUAUCGUUGAGAAAACAGUGAUAAUAGAGCUUGGUUCUUGUUCAAUUCGUGCUGGCUUAUUAACAAUGAAUCCAUCUCUUCCUCAAGUCUUUUUUCCAACUCUAGCAUUAAUCAAAAGUAAUGGUGUGAUUGUUGUUGGAGCAGAUGCUUUUAUUGUAAUGAAUUUACAUGAUGGCGAACUUAUGCGUCCUAUAAAAGCAGUAGGCCCAUCAUUAGAACGCUAUUCGAUAAAUAAAUGUGCUGUAGAAGCUUGUUUACGGAAAUGUGUUCUUGAUCUUCAUAUUGAUCCUAGAAAUUAUAAAGUGCUGUUAUCGAUACCGCAAAAUAUUCCCACUAUCUUAAUAAGUGAAAUAUUGAAAAUUGCUCUUCAAGAUAUUCAAUUCCAGAGUGCGGCAAUAUCCAGACAGCCAAGCCUUGUUCUCUAUGCUUAUGAUGUAACUACUGGUGUAGUGGUCGAUAUUGGAGAUCGUUUGAAUAUUGUUCCCAUUAUUGAUGGAUAUGUUGUCGAUAACGCAAUUGUGUCUCUGCCAUACGGGGCCAGUCAAAUCGCAGAUUCUCUUCAUCAGAAACUUUGUGAAGCAAAUAUGGGAUUGUAUUCGGGAAGGGCGCCCAUAGAACGACUUAUUUUACGAUAUGUUAUGGAACAAGCAUGCUAUAUAUCAACUGAUUUUGAUAAAGAAAUUGGUGAAUACAGCGACAAGGAGAGUGAAAUUGAUAUGGUCGUAUCUUUGGAUGAGUUUAAGCCAUCAGGAAAUAUGAAUAGAUCAUUUAAAUUGGUAUUAUUUUGCGAAGUAGCAGUUAUUUUUAAGGUGAACUCUGCUCGAUUUACUGCUCCAGAAGGAUUUUUUAAACCGAAACGGUGGGGGCUUGAUACUAAAGCUUUACACGAACAUAUUUAUGAAGCCGUACAGUCUUCUCCAAUAGACAGUAGAAAAAUUUUAUUGCGGAAUAUAUAUCUUGCUGGUGGCGUUUCUCUCCUUCCUGGUUUAGCAGAGAGACUCGAACUUGAAAUUGGUUCUCUUAUUGCUCCAACAAUUCAUGCUCAGGUGCAUGUUUCACCUUGGCGAUACCAUGCUUCUUACUUGGGGGCACAAGUAAUCGCUUCAAGCUCACAGUUUGAUCAGAUGUGUAUUACUGCUGAAAAUCUCGAUAAAUUUGUUAUUCAACUUCAGACUGCCACAUUCUAG